AUGCGUUUCAGUGGGUUUGUGCUUCUCGCCGCUUUGGCCCUGACCUCGGCCAGAGUCCAGGACGUCGUCAUGAGGAGGAGCGCCGCCGUCAGGAGAGUGUCCAUGACCUUGUCCCUGUUGAACCCGGAGCUGGAGGGCCGUGUCCCUGACGUCCCCCUGAGCCCCGCUGUCCCCUCCGCUCUGACCCCGCCCACUUUAGACCAGGACCAGAGCCUCGUCCAGACCGAGGACUUCCUGUUCGGGGACAACGUGAACCUGGAGUGGAUCGAGUUUGACGGUUCUAUUCCCAACGGCGCCGUGUCCAUCUAUAACGGCUACACGGAGCGCACGGACGUGGUGUGUAAGUACAAGUGUGAGGCCGGCUUCUACAGCCCGGAGCUCGGCCCGUUCUGCCGCUACCCGUACGGCGACCGCGAGUACUACGCCCCCGACUUCCACGUCCUCGCCAACAAGGACAACUUCGAGUUCCUGGAGUGGAAGGAGGACUCGCACGGCUCGGUGCCCAAGCACUCGGUCCGCACCUGCGCCAACGUGGGCAUCUACGUGGGCAAGAACAAGUACGGCCUGGGAAAAGUCGUGCCGCAGUUUGAGGCUUUCUUCUUACCCUGGGAGGGAGACGAGUACUGGUACAAGAGCUACCAGGUCCUGACCAUAAACAGAGACAUGUACACGCAGCACAUCUCGGACGUCAGAUACGCCCUGGACGAGGCGGCCGUGUUCCAGUUCCCUCCUGAGACGAUGCAGAUCUCCGGCGUCACCAACAACGAGUGUCAGACCGUGUCCAAAACCGUGACGCUGAGCAAGACCACGGAGCUGGAGACCACGUGGAGCAUCGGCCGAGGAACCAUGAUCGGCGUCACCGGGAGCAUCACGGCCAAGAUCCCGUUCAUCGGUCAGGGCGGGAUCGAGCUCGGCGGGGAGAAGACGCUGCAGUUUGACCGAGGUACGACUCGGGUGGAGUCGAUGUCUCACUCGGUGUCAGUGGAGUUGUCUGUUCCUCCGAGUCACUCGUGCCGCGUGAGGAUGGAGGGUCGCAGGUUCAAAGCCGACGUGCCGUACAGCGCCCGCCUCAGCCGCACCUACGCCAACGGAGACACGCAGUGGACGUCCGUCUCCGGGACCUACGAUGGUGUCCAGAUCGGCGAGGUCCGCGCCGUGGUGGACCGAUGUGAGCCGGUGCCCGACGCCCGACCCUGCCCGUGA